UUACACUCAAUCUGCGGACAGAAUUACUGUUUCGUCCUUUGUGAUUGUAAAUAAUUGUUGACGAUGGAGACGCUCAAAUGUUGUAAACAUGAACUGAAUGAUUGGAACUGCAAUACAACCGCUGCUACAUGUAUGCACGAACUGCUGGGAGCUCUGCGUACUGAUGGGUUACGCAAGUGCCACGCUAAUCACUUGUCACUGAUGCUGGCGUACUAGUGUCCCACAAUGGAGUUGAGAGAUGAAUGCUACAAUUGCCAAAGGUGCAGUAGUUUGUAAAGAAGCCAUCCUGAAAGGUGAUGUGACGAUAGGAACCGGUACAGUCGUACAUCCCAAAGCACUCAUACAUGCGGAAGCCGGACCUAUUGUCAUCGGCAACAACAAUAUCAUCGAGGAGCAAGUCGUCAUCCAUAACCGCCCAGAACCAGUUUCUGAAGGAGAGACUGCGCCGAAAGACAAGCUCACCAUGGAAAUUGGCAGCAGCAAUGUGUUUGAAGUGGGUUGCCGUUGUGAAUCAUUACACAUUGGAGAUAACAACACGCUAGAGUCGAAAUGUCAUAUUGGUGUGAAGUCAGCCAUGACUAGUGGUUGUGUUCUGGGAGCAUGUUGUCAUCUGACCAGUCAAGAAACACUGCCUGAGAAUACGGUAGUGUUUGGCGAGGGCAAUCUGCGUCGAGUGCAAGGUGAUAAGCCCACGGCACCGACAUUACAGCUGGACUUCCUAACGAAGAUAUUGCCAAACUACCAUCACCUGCAGACUUCGCAGUCGGCAGCCCCAGCAGCACCAGCAACAUCUUGACCAAAGUUAUCCUUGUCGUAUCCACCCUAUGUAAUCGUCUGAUUUUGCUGCAAACCAGCAUGUGUUGAUUGCGAUUCCCCCACGAUACCACUGACUAGAUCAGCGUACUGGUUGCCUUAUCGAAACCUAUCAAUUUCCUCUGCAUGUUCUGCUGUGGGACAUGUUAUCGUGUCUCAUUCUUUCACAUGCUGAUCAUACAGCACAGAUAUUGUUUUAAUAGUCACUCCGCAGAGUAUUGCUGGUGUGCGUGUUCACGCCAGGUCGGUGAAUUGUGGAUUAUGCAUUAGAGACUGCUAUAGGUACCGGUAGCCGUCCACGAUAUCUCUUCUGAGGCACAUCGCGCAAGUGUUCUGCUAACCCCGGACGCCAGAACUUUCUCAGCUAUUGCUCGGAAGUGCCCGUUCAAGGCUAUAAAGCCUAUAAUCUCUGUUGCUAGCAAAUGCCUGUACAAGGCUAUAAUCUCUGUUGCUAGGAAAUGCCUGUACAAGGCAAUAAUGCCGUCGGCAUACCUCAGUCUGACAUGCUGAACUGUUCACCUCAACGCUCCACGAGCGUAUAGCUCAAGUUUUCCUGCUGCUAUGCCAUCACCUCCACAGUAGGUAGGUACAAUCAGACUUUCACCGGUCAAUCAUGUAUUUGAUUGUAUAAAGUAUUGACUUGUCUUCUUGUUGUGCAUGUCGACUUCUUGCUACUGCGGCCUCAUGAUAUUAUACUUUUCAUAUCAUGGAUGAUAAUAAUCAUAAAUUUUGUCAUAAUAUCAUGGAUGAUAAUAAUCAUAAAUUUUGUCAUGAUAUCAUGGAUGGUGUCAAUCUGGCAAACAAUUGUCGUUGCUGUUAACACUGUAGUUAGAAUACACACACGCGUUAUUUGUUUCUUACAUGGCUACAAUCUUAUGUAUUGGUGGCACAUUCUGACAUCGUUCUUGUAUCGUGUGAUCCAGAAUUUUGCUUUUCUA